CUUCUCCCUCCCUCCCGCCGCCGCGGGCCGCUACACUCCAGUUCCCCCCCCGGGCGCGGCUCCCGCCGGACCGGGGCCGAUCCCGACCCCCCUCCCCUUAUCCCGGGAGGCUCCUCCGCAGCCCGGGCGCGGGGGCGGCACCCGCGCCCCUUGCCGCGCGAUGUCCAGCGAGGAGAGCUACCUGGCCAUCCUGCGGUACCUGACGAACGAGCGGGAGCCGUACGCGCCGGGCACGGAGGGCAACGCCAAGCGGAAGAUCCGCAAGGCCGCCGCCUGCUACGUGGUGCGCGGCGGCACCCUGUACUACCAGCGGCGGCAGCGCGACCAGCAGCGCUUCGCCGAGCUGGAGGUGGUGCUGCAGGCCGAGCGCCGCGCCCGCCUCAUCCGCGCCGCGCACCUGGCGCCCGACGGCGCGCACCGCACCCGGCUGCAGACCUGGCAGGGGCUCUCGCAGAAGUACUGGUGGAGAGGUAUUCUUAAGCAGGUUAAGGAUUACAUUAAAGAAUGCAGCAAGUGCCAGGAAAAGCUAGACCGCUCCAGAUCUCUCUCAGAUCCUUCUGAAAUGCUGGAGGAGCUAGGACUGGAUGCAAAAUCUCAUGAAGACAGUAAUGAAACAGAUGAUGAAUUGAGUAACACAGCAUCAAUCCCAGCAGCAUCCCCAAAGCCUGUGAAGAAGAAACCAAUAGCAAAGCACGAGCUUGUGUUUGUUGACAGUAAGGGCCUUGUGAAGCAGUCAUCUUCCAAACAUUGUCUGUCAGUCUUAAACCAACUGAAUCAGCAGAGGCUUUCCAAUCAGUUCUGUGAUGUGACUUUGCUGAUUGAAGGAGAGGAGUACAAAGCUCACAAAUCUGUCUUGGCAGCCAACAGCGAGUACUUCCGAGAGCUCUUCAUUGAAAAGGGAGCUGUCACUAGUCAUGAAGCUGUAGUGGAUCUGUCAGGUUUCUGCAAGUCCAGUUUCCUGCCUUUAUUGGAAUUUGCUUAUACUUCAGAAUUAACGUUUGACUUCUGUAGCAUGGCAGAAGUGGCCAUGCUCGCCCGGCAUCUCUUCAUGUCAGAGGUCCUUGAAAUCUGUGAGAAUGUGCACAAACAGAUGGAAGAGAAACAAAUUACAGUGUACCAAAAGGGAGAUAUCCAAACAGUAGAGUCAACACAAAAUUUAGCAGAGCAGGCUGAAGUGCAGGUGCAGCCCAUGGAUGGUGUUGAGCAGCCUAAACUCACAGCCAGUGAAGUGCCAGUAGCUGUGAAUGGAGCUCCUUCCUCUGCUGGGACAGAGGAGGCAGCAGCACCCCAGCCUGACCUCCUGCACCCAGAGCCUCUGGAGGCCACUGCAGGUGAUCCUUCCAAGGCUGUGGAACGGUGUGAAACAACUGAAAAUUACAUCAAGAUCCAGCUGGUGGAGAGCAUUCCAAACAGCCUCUACAACAGACUCGGCACCGAGCCAUCGGCUGUGGAAGCCAUGGACACACAGAGCCAAGGGGAAACUGAGGCAGCUCAAAAUCAGAGUGAUAAAGCACAUGUGGAUUCUGCUUCUGAAGACUCCUCAGAGACACUCAAGCAAAGAAGUGAUGAGCAGAGCAGCUCCAUUUCCCAGCCAGAGAGCCUUGCUUCCAGCCAGGAUGAUACUUACAAAAGCAAGCUUCGCCAGCGCUCUGUCACUGAGGGGGGAUACAUCAGGCUGCAUAAAGGAAUUGAAAAAAAACUGCAGAAUAGAAAGACAAAUCCUAAAUCUGCAGUGCAGCAGGUUGCCAUGAAGCUGGUACAAAGAGGGAAAAAAAUGAAACAGCCCAAAAGAGAGACCACAGAAAAUAACGAAGUGGAGGCACAGCACAAGUGCACUGACUGUGGAAUGGUGUUCCAGCGGCGCUAUGCACUCAUAAUGCACACACUGAAACAUGAAAGGUCUAAAGAAUAUAAAUGCCCACUGUGUAAGAAGGAGUUCCAGUACGGCGCGUCGCUGCGGGCGCACCUGGUGCGGCACACGCGGAAGACGGAGGCCGGCGCUGCGGCCGGGGGGCCCGAGGGGAGCGGCAUGUCCUCGGUGAAAGGCAGGACCAAACGGGAAUUCGUGUGUGACAUCUGUGGGAGGACUCUGCCCAAGCUCUAUUCCCUCAGAAUACAUAUGCUUAAACAUACAGGUGUCAAACCCCACGCGUGCAAGGUUUGUGGAAAGACCUUUACGUAUAAGCAUGGAUUGAAAAUGCACUUAGCUCUCCAUGAAGUACAGAAACAGUUCAAGUGUGACUUGUGUGAAAAGUCUUUUGUCACAAAAAGAAGUCUUCAGGAGCACAUGAGCAUCCAUACAGGAGAAUCCAAAUACCUUUGCUCCAUCUGUGGAAAAUCUUUCCACAGGGCAUCAGGACUCAGUAAACACAUAAAGAAACAUCAGCCAAAGCCUGAAGUUCGUGGAUAUCAGUGUACUCAGUGUGACAAGAGUUUCUAUGAAGCUCGGGAUCUUCGGCAGCAUAUGAAUAAACAUUUAGGUGUGAAGCCAUUUCAGUGUCAGUUCUGUGGGAAAUGUUACAGCUGGAAGAAAGACUGGUACUCUCAUGUAAAGUCUCAUUCUGUCACAGACCCUUAUAGGUGUAAUGUAUGUGGAAAAGAAUUUUAUGAGAAAGCUUUGUACAGAAGACAUGUGAAGAAAGCCACACAUGGUAAAAAAGGAAGAGCAAAACAAAAUCUGGAACGAGUUUGCGAGCACUGUGGAAGAAAAUUCACACAGCUCCGGGAAUAUAGGAGACACAUGAACAAUCAUGAAGGUGUGAAGCCGUUCGAGUGCCUGACGUGCGGCGUGGCGUGGGCGGACGCGCGCUCGCUGAAGCGCCACGUGCGCACGCACACGGGCGAGCGGCCCUACGUGUGCCCCGUGUGCAACGAGGCCUACAUCGACGCGCGCACCCUGCGCAAGCACAUGACCAAGCUCCACAGGGACUACAUCCCCUGCAAGAUCAUGCUGGAGAAAGACACCCUGCAGUUUCACAACCAGGGGACGCAGGUGGAACACGCCAUCAGCAUCUUAGCCUCGGACAUACAGGAGCAGGAAACCGAGAUCAGCUUUGGCGCUGGCGAGGGCGAGACCGUGGUGGUGACAGGAGAGACGCUGGAAGCCAUCGAAGCAGUUGCAGCUACUGAGGAGUGCACGUCGGUCUCCACCCUUUCUGACCAAAGCAUCAUGCAGGUGGUAAAUUAUGUACUGGCACAGCAGCAGGGACAGAAAAUGGCUGAAGUGACGCAGGCCAUUGAAACUGUAGAAGUAGAGGUGGCCCAUGUAACAACAACGGAGUCGAUUUAGUGUAUGAGGGAGCAAGAGGGGUGAGGUUGUGUAUCUGUGAGAGCCAAGUGUAAAAUGGGUUACCUGAGGCUUUCAGUGAUGCCUGUUUCCAAAUGGUUAAUCCUCAGUACUGAAUGUUGUGAUGACAGAAUACUGCACCACGCAUCAGAUGGAGAAAGUACCAAUACUCCAGUGUGGGCCAAGGCUUUGAAAACUGAGAUUUCUAUAGUGGCUGUAACUUUAAACAAAACAAAAAGGUUAAAAUAAUGUUUUUGUCUCAUGAAGUAUCAUACUGUAACUUUGAAAAAUUAAAAAGAAAAACAUAUAAAAAGGCUGCACUAAAAACUAGAAAUGCACAGCUAUUGGUAGUUUGUUUGUUUGUUUUGAUGUGCAUUUCAUCAACUUUGUGAGCAAAUUUCCUGUAUUGGAUGCUGUCUGUUUACUCCCAAGACAAGGGAGGUGGUAGAAUGCUUUGUGUAGGCUUGUGCUUCAUGUGGCAUACAGAAAAACUGAAGCUUUUUUUCUGGGCAAAUGCACCAUUGGUAGUUAGUGAAUCCCAGUUCUGAAGAACUUACUUAAAUUCCAGGUGUGAGGGUGGCUGGUCCAAGGUUCAGCAAAAUGCUGUAAAAUGUUUUAUAGAUAAUGGGCAGGUAGAUGGUUGUGAUCUGGUUCUCCAAGAUGGUUGUGAAUUGAAGUUGACCAGAGGACAGCCCACCCCAGGGAGGCUGCUUAGAGAAGCAAACUCCUUUUCUUUGUGAGGGAGGAGUUUGCACCACAGCCUCUGUGCACAGCCACAUUCAGCUCCAUGUUUGCUUGGAAGCUGUUGCCAGCACUGAUGUGUGAUCCCAGUGCAGGCAGCCUCAUGAGGGAUGCUUCUGUUUUUGCUUUACAUUUGAUGUAGAAACUGUCAAAGGAGAAAGGUCUAAUGGCACACUUUUUCAGGAACUAAGGAAGUCCAGGUGGUUAUGGACUGAUCUU